AUGCCGAAGGGAAACAACGCGAUCCCCCACGUGCACCAGAGGAAGCACUGGAACCCAUGCUCAUCGCAGAAGGGUAACUACAAGGUAUUCCUUAACCAGCCCGCACAGAAGCUGCGCCGCCGCCGUCUGCGCUUGGUGAAGGCAAAGAAGGUUUUCCCACGUCCUCUUAAGGCACUGCGCCCUCAGGUGAACUGCCCUACAGUGCGUCACAACAUGAAGAAGCGUCUUGGCCGUGGCUUCACACCGGAGGAGCUUAAGGCUGCUGGCGUCAACCCCCACUUCGCCGUGACCAUCGGCAUCCGUGUGGACCGCCGCCGUAAGAACAAGAGCGAGGAGGGCAUGAACAUCAAUGUGCAGCGCCUGAAGACGUACAUGAGCAAGCUGGUGCUCUUCCCACUGAACCACAAGAAGGUGCAGAAGGGUGAGGCCUCGGAGGAGGAGAUCCGUGCCGCCACACAGGACCGCACACGCUUCGGUACAGCGGCUGUUGGUGGACUCGUGACCCCCGCUCCGGAGCAGAGCCGCAAGGUGACAGAGGAAGAGCGUACAAAGAAUGUGUACAAGUUCCUCAAGAAGAACCACAGUGCUGCUCGCUUCUUCGGUGCCCGCCAGGCUCGUGCGGCGCGCAAGGAGGCCAGGGAGAACGAGAAGAAGUAA